CAUCUCUGAUUGCGCAUGCUAAACGUUUGGAAGCACGCCGGGUUGAGCAUCAAAUAUAAGGGCCACUUUAUUGUAAAAUUGUCAACAAAUACAAUGGCGUCUCUUCCUAUGAACCCUAAGCCAUUCCUUAAUGGACUGACAGGUAAACCAGUGAUGGUGAAACUAAAGUGGGGAAUGGAAUACAAAGGCUACUUAGUGUCUGUGGACGGAUACAUGAACUUACAGCUUGCCAACACAGAGGAAUACAUUGAUGGGGCCCAGACAGGGAAUCUUGGAGAGGUUCUAAUUCGCUGUAAUAAUGUGCUGUAUAUUCGAGGAGUGGAGGAAGAGGAUGAGGAAGGAGAGAUGAAGGACUGAUCACUUCUCCUCCGUGAGGAAGAGGCAGCAAUCCUCGUUCAUCAUGGUCAUCUCAUCAUGUUCAUCAUGUGUCAUUUCUCACUGACUCUCACAUUUUAUGUUGUUUUUGUAGAUGUCUACAAUCAUGUUUUUAUAAAAUUGAAAUAUAAUGAUGUAAAU